AUGAAGUCCGUCUCCGCACACUCUGCUUCCCAAAGUAGAAUUCGUGCAGUAACCCCGAGAACUUCUCGUGGGACGACAAUAAGCGCGGAGGAAGAGCCAAUGAAUGCUUGGAACUGGGCGCAACAAAUUGAAUCCCUCCUCGACUCUAACUACUCCGAGGGCGAAGUAUCUACUAGCCGUGAAGUUCAAAUGCCUGGACUUCAUCCCAAGAUUAUUGUGAAAGGCAUGCCGGAAGGAGACAGUCGAUUGUCCUUUCCGCUAUCGAAAUCUCAAGCACUUGCCUUGAAAAAAUCCACUGCCACGAAAAGAGAGUAUUUUGGCAAGAAGAUCCGAAACGCUUGGCCAGUGGAUGCCAACCGAGUCCAAUUUUUAGAUUCCAACCGUGAGUGGACUACCAAACUAAAACAAAUCACAAUGAAAUGUGUUGAUGACUUGGGACUUCAGGAGGACCAGAAGUGCGAUGUCAAGGCGAAUCUUCACAAGAUGCUACUAUAUGAAGCAGGUGGUGGUUACUUUUACAGUAAGCACAAUCGUGGCACCGAAACGGAAGCUGGUACAUUUGCCACCAUGGUGAUUCAGUUGCCUUCCAAAUACACAGGCGGUUGCCUACAAAUCUGUCUCAAUGGUGGCGAACUCAAAUAUGAUCGAAGUGGUGCCAAGAGUGACGAUGGAUUCUUUGUUACAGCCUUUUUUUCGGACUGCGAGUAUGAACUGUCGCCCGUGACUAGCGGAUAUCGAUUAUGCCUCGUAUACAAUUUGAUACUGCAGGACACUAGUUGGAGCAGUGAUCUCCCAUUUCCAUCGGCCCAGACUGUUGGUUCCACCAGUCAAGCGUUACAGAGAUUGGUGCAACGAAUGCCCACGAAGGACUCAUGGGAUCCGGUCCAAGGCUACUCAUUGAAAGGCAAGUACACCAAGACGAAUCUUCAUUUUUACAAUUUGAAAGGAAGGGAUCUAGAUACUGUGUCGCUAUUGAGGGACGCAGUGGACGAGAAUGGCAACAAACUCUUUGUGGCUUACUUGAUGCUCCUCGAAAAGAGUGUGGACGGCCAGCGCUAUUCAAGCUACGACAAUACCAAUUGGGAUGACGAGUCUGAUGGUGAAGAAUUCCGCACUCAUAUUUCUGCCGUUCACUGGAUUGGCCCCAACGAUACAAUGUUGGACCAUUUUAAUUUGCCGUUCAAUAUAAACAAACAUUUGGUUGUCGACUAUCCGGAUGAUGUGUUUGACGAAACCCCCGACAAUAAAAACUACGAAAACUGCGACGGGAAUGCUGAUCCUACAUUGGAGUAUUGGAAGGGCGUUGUGGUGUUUUGGCCACUUGCAAAAAAUCCCGAGGUUAUGAAACAAGCUGGAAGAUCAUUCCUGGAGUCUUCUUUGGAAGCGGCUACCAUACAAUCCGAUAUUCAAGCAUAUGCCAAGCAAUUGGUUUCCCUUUUCGAGGAAACGCGUUAUGAAUCACCUACAGGCAAAGCUAUUCGUGCUAUUGCCAGGUCCAAAGAUGACUCUCUGAUCAUUCGCGUAUUGGAUUGCAUCAAGAGGCGAAUACCAAUAAAUGAUGAUGCGGUUGGGAUUAUCGAGGUCUUGAAAGCUUCUUCGUCGGAGACUCUCAAGCAAUCCUUUUUCACUAUGCUUCGCCGUGUAAGCAAAUUUGAGCCACCGCCAAAACAACCAUCGAAACAAUCAUCGAAAAAAUCAUCGAAAGAACCAUCGAAACACUCAUUGAAACGGAAACGCUUGAACAUGCUUCUAAAAUUGCAACACCCAAACGUUGUUGCGGAAUUGAAACAUCUGUCAGCCGUCCUUCGUUUGUUGGAAAGCAGUGGACUCAACGACUUUGUGGUGCCAGCCAAAGAAGCGAUUUUUGCGAGUUUCAUUGAACACUUGGAUUCUAUUGUGCGGGCAUCGUCGAGGAAGUACAUUGGGCAGUUGACUGAGCCAUUCAUUGAUGAACCAGCUAUAUUCAAACGAAUUGUUAAUAUUGUUGUGACCAUACCAACCUUUGUUGGCCCAACUUUGAAACAUGUAAUGACAUUGGUGCCCGACGCGAGUGCUAACAAAUAUGUAGUUCAAUUGGCCAAAGUGCGAGCUCAAGAGCUCCUCAGUGAAACGCGUGAUGGGGCACCAAUUUUCACCUGGUGCCAGCCGCAGUCACCACGCUGGACCAUGAGCCAAAGUCAAGCGGUCGAUACUUUCCUGCAAGGUCCAAAUGAAAUCCAAUCCUUCACUGGCUUUAGCGAUAUCGGAUCCGCUCGCAACUGGGCAGCAGAUUUUUCUCGCUUAUCUGGUUUCGAUGCUCGCAAAUUGGGGCUUCCUCAUUUCCAUGUUAGUGCAACAGCAUCGGGAAGUGGAAGUGACUCGCAAGUUGUGGUGACAAAAACAAAAGGCUAUUGGGAUGGAGUCAAAAAAGCUUACGACGAGAAAGUGGCCGAGCUGAAGAAGCUUCAAUCAGUCUUUGGUACAUCAUUUGCUCCAAAGCGGCGAGCGGCAACUACACAAGGUGGAACCAAAAAGCAAAAGUCUUCUAGACGAGGAAGACGAGGUUCCGAAUCGGCUAGUCGCCGAAAAUGA